ACUGCGGACACAGUACAGGAGAAGACCAGAGACUGCGGACACAGUACAGGAGUGAAAGGGAGACGGCGGACAUAGUACAGGAGAUGACCAGAGACGGCAGACAUACUAUGGGAGAUGACCAGAGACUGCGGACAUACUACAGGAGAUGACCAGAGACUGCAGACACACUACAGGAGAUGACCAGAGACUGCAGGGAAAUACAGACACAGUACAGGAGAUGACCAGAGACUGCGGACAUACUACAGGAGAUGACCACAGACUGCGGACACAGUACAGGAGAAGACCAGAGACUGCGGACACAGUACAGGAGAAGACCAGAGACUGCGGACACAGUACAGGAAUACAGGAGCUU